AGAACCUUUGGUUUUUCUCUGAAAAUUUCCGGAUUAGAUAACCAGUUGUUCAAUUAGACCGUUCGAUCUCCACCAUAGAUUCGUAAUCAGUUGAUGGAUUACGUUAUUUCUGUUCUCCGACCAGUGCUGGCUGGAACAGCCACCUUCUCCGUCCCCAUUGCUGCCGUUCAAUCCGGGCCGCCGGCACGACACCGGCCAUGGAGAUUUCCGGAGAGGCGAAAAACAUGCCGGUUAAGAACCUUUUGUUUUCUUGAACCUUCGGUUCAUGUAGGAGUUGAAGAAGCAAUGAAAUCCAACACCGAGCUUGGGUUCAAAUUGCAGGACUUGCCAAAUGCUGCUCUUGUAGACUUGGACCCUGCAACUGCAAAGUUUGCCAUAGCCAUUGUGGGACCCUUCUUAUCGGCGUUCUCCCUCAUGUUCAUCUUCAGGAUAGUGAUGUCAUGGUACCCCAAUCUCCCCGUCGGGAAGUUCCCUUACGUGAUAGCCUAUGCGCCAACGGAGCCGUUCUUGCGCCCUACGAGGAAAGUGAUACACCCUCUUGGGGGAGUGGAUGUCACGCCCGUGGUCUGGUUUGGGAUGGUCAGCUUCCUCAAUGAGAUUCUAGUUGGCCCCCAAGGGCUGCUUGUCCUCCUCUCUCAACAGCUAAGGUCCUAAGGGGGGUAUGGUUGUAGGACCAUGCUACAGUCACAAGUCAGAAUAGAAGCUUUCUUAUAUAGCCAAGGGAGUAAUUUAGUUUUUCAAAACAGUCCUGUAAAAAAUUAAAACCAAAUAUUUUUGUUCUCUUUAUAUUACCCUCUAUUCUAAAUUACUUUAUCCAUUUCUUAACUAAUUUUUCUUUAUGUACACAUUUCCAUCUAUCCAUCUUAUUGAAUAAUAUAGUCAUUAGGACUGUCAGAAAAAAUCAUACUCUGUAAUAAUAUAGUCAAUUGGUCGUGUUGCUUACUGUGCCUU